GAUAAUCAGCGGCAAUUGGCCGAGACUGAGACAAGCGGUAGCGUCUGCUAUGACAGUCGACUCGGCGGCGUCCGACGCGGUGAUCAGCAGGCUACGUAAUGUCUUCGUUGUCCCAGGCUCAGCUGGACGCAACAGCUGUAGAGAAUUUUCGCGAGUACUUGCGAAUACCAUCGGUUCAACCCAAUAUCAAUUACGAUGAUUGUGUUGCAUUUUUACAAAAACAAGCAGAAUCUCUCGAUUUACCUGUCAAAGUAUAUCAUGUUCAUCCAAAUAAACCAAUUGUGGUUCUCACAUGGAUAGGUUUGCAACCAUCAGAACCAGCUAUUCUUUUAAAUAGCCACAUGGAUGUUGUACCUGUUUUCGAAGACAAAUGGACCUAUCCACCCUUUAGUGCUCAUAUGGAUGAGCAAGGAAACAUAUAUGCUCGUGGCAGUCAAGAUAUGAAAUGUGUUGGAAUACAAUAUUUAGAAGCGAUUCGUCGUAUGAAAUUAGCUGGACAACGUUUUAAAAGAACAAUUCAUAUUUCUUUUGUACCGGAUGAAGAAAUUGGAGGAGUUCUUGGCAUGGAGGAUUUUGUUCAUACCAAAGAUUUUCAAGCUUUAAAUGUUGGUUUUGCAUUAGAUGAGGGUGUAGCUUGCCCUGAAGAACAAUUUUAUUUAUUCUAUGGCGAGAGAUCUAUUUGGCACGUAGUAGUGGAAUGUGCAGGAACUCCUGGCCAUGGCUCACUUUUAUUGGAUAAUACAGCUGGAGAAAAAAUACGAGUUAUAAUCGAUCGUUUUAUGGACUUUAGAGCCAAAGAGAAGGAAAAGUUGAAAAAUCCAAAGCUUCAGCUUGGUGAUGUAACAACUAUCAACCUAACACAAUUACGGGGUGGUGUGCAAACAAAUGUGGUACCCACAUCGUUAACAGCAAUUUUCGAUUGCCGACUUGAUCCUUCGAUAGAUCAUAAUGAAUUCGAAGCUAUGAUUAAGAGUUGGUGCCAGGAAGCUGGUCCUGACGUUACAUAUUCAUUCCAACAAAAGAAUCCUAAGAUAGAGAAUACAAAAUUAGACGAUUCUAAUCCUUAUUGGAUCGCUUUUAAAAAAGUAUGCGAUGAUAUUGGAAUAAAUUUGCAAAUAGGAAUCUUUCCGGGUGGAACAGAUAGCCGAUACGUGCGAUACGUUGGCAUUCCUGCUAUUGGUUUUUCACCAAUGAAUAAAACGAAAAUACUUCUUCAUGAUCAUGAUGAAUAUUUGAACAAAGAUAUAUUUCUAAAGGGUAUUGAAAUAUAUAUGAAACUAAUACCUGCAGUGGCAAAUGUCUAAAUGGAUAAUCAAACAGUUGAACAUAAUUUAAAAAGCUUUUUAAGAAACCAAAGCAUUAAGGGUAAAACCAUACAAAUAAUAAUAAUAAUAAUAAUAAGAGAAAAUAAAGAAAUAAAUGUUGAUAGAUAAAUAUGAAAUCAUACGAUGUUACAACGCAAUAGUUGCAGGCUGAAUUGACGAAACAAAGUGCAAUAAUAUAUAGAAUUAUAACUGUUCAAGAAAAGUACAAACAUACAGCAUAGAGCAGAAAUAAUUACUUCGAUGAAAAAAUGCUACCAGAAGUACCAAGUUUAUCGCAAGUAAGAUUUGAAUAAGUUAAUUAACAGUGAGAUAUAUUUGCAAAAUAUAUUGCCAGUGUUUUGAGAAAAAUAGAAAAUUUCGUCGAACGGACCAACUGAAAACGCAUUUAAAUAAGGUAUUGAAAAAUGUAUUUAAUAAUACUCAUUACAGAUUUAAAAAACGUGAAGUAUAUAAAAUGCACGAUCAGUAAUCGGAUAAGCAAAGAAAAGAAUACUCCUUUUUCAAGUACAAAUCGAUUUAUCGUAAUUGUAAGAGCUCAAAUCCCGUAUCAAAUCGUAGAU